AUGUAUCACGCACACAUGCAUCACGCCCACAUGUAUCACGCCCACAUGCAUCACGCCCAACAUGUAUCACGCCCACAUGUAUCACGCCCACAUGCAUCACGCCCAACAUGCAUCACGCCCACAUGUAUCACGCCCACAUGCAUCACGCCCACAUGUAUCAUGCCCACUUGUAUCACGCCCACAUGCAUCACGCCCAACAUGCAUCACGCCCAACAUGUAUCACGCCCAACAUGCAUCACGCCCAACAUGUAUCACGCACAACAUGUAUCACGCCCAACAUGUAUCACGCCCACAUGUAUCAUGCCCACAUGCACCAAGCCCACAUGUAUCACGCCCAGCAUGUAUCACGCCCACAUGUGA